UCUCCGUCAACUGCGCGUGGUUGAACCUUUGCGCAAUGAGAUGGUUCUUUGUGAAUUUCUAUUACUUUGUUUUCUCUGUCUUAGUGUCAUAUAUUAGCUUGUCAUACGGAAGACACACUUCAAAUUGGGCUGUUCUUGUAGAUACAUCCCGGUUCUGGUUCAACUAUCGACAUAUUAGCAAUGUCCUUUCUAUUUACCGGAGUAUCAAGCGUCUUGGAAUACCAGAUAGGUAUCAAACUAAAUAAUUACUUAUUUUCAAAGCCGCAUUAUUUUAAUGGUGGCUGAUGAUGCAAGUUGUAGCUCCAGAAAUCCGAGACCAGCUACUAUCUUUAACAACCCUUAUAGUCGUGUAAAUCUGUAUGGUGAGGAGUUAGAAAUCGAUUAUCGCGGUUAUGAAGUUACUGUGGAGAACUUCAUUCGUGUAUUAACUGGGCGUUUGCCUCCUUCAACACCUAUUUCUAAGCGCCUUAAUACUGACGAGCACAGUAAUAUCCUAAUAUUCAUGACAGGUCACGGUGGUGAUGGUUUUCUUAAGUUUCAGGAUGACAGUGAGCUUUCUAACAGUGAACUGGCCGAUGCAAUCGAGCAGAUGUGGCAAAAACGUAGAUAUCACGAAUUACUUUUUAUUGUUGAUACGUGUCAAGCCGAAUCAAUGGGGAAGCUGUUCUAUUCGCCCAAUGUAAUAGCUAUCGGUAGCAGCGCUGUAGGAGAAGAAUCGUUAUCUCUUCAUUCAGACCGUGAAAUUGGAACCUAUGUAUCCGAUCGAUAUUCCUAUUAUGCAUUUCAAUUUUUGGAGUCUGUUUCUCCUGUGAGCAAAAAAACAUUAUAUGAUUUUUCGCAAUUAUGCCCUUUCUCAUUAUGUCAAUCAACUGUUAUCACUCGAUCCGAUUUAUUUGGACGUGAUAUACGUCGCGUACUUGUUACAGACUUUUUCGGUAGCGUACGUCAUAUAAUCCCUGGACCAGUCUUAGAAUUUAACAGUUCCACGUCGGAUAGAAACGAUACAUUAAGUAUACACUGAAGCGAAGUAUUUUUCGUAUGUUACUCCGUAUGUCAUGGAUCUGUGAUACUAGUUUUAAAUUUUAUGUAUUAUUGUACAAUCCGUGAAACUAUUUAUGUACAUUUUUCUGUAAUAUUUGUUUUAAAAUAAAUUGAAUUUUAUCAAUCUA